AUGUCGCGAACCCUGUCCCCAGAUGCAGCUCUCCCCAUUCCAUCGCGGGAUAAGAAAUGGAAUACCAAUCGGUUAGGAGCGCGACUCGGAGUCGACGUCGUCAGUGCCGCAACAGCUGGUGCCCUGACGUGUCCCGUCAUCACUGUGAUUGAUCGAGCCAUCAUUGAAAAGGCGGCAAAGGGAGUCCCAAUCCGCCAAACAAUCACGUCCUCCUUCCGGUCGAUCCUCUCAAAACCGUCGGGUUUCUUUCUCGGCACGCCCUUCCUCCUUAUCUACACAUUAUACACGUCAACCUACCUGACGGCGAACACAAUUGAUACAGUCACUUCGACGCUGAAAGAUAAACCCUUCUCGACUGUGUUCCCAGACACCGCAAAGUUCCUCACAACGACCGCCGUGAACAUGGGGAUAUGCGUUUACAAAGACGCGCGGUUCGCAAGGUUAUUCGGCGCAAACCCACAACCGGCCCAGCCUCAAGGCACAUCAUCGACGAACGGGCCUUCCUCAACAGUACCAACAAGAACAACACCCCCAGCAUCAUGUCAUCCUUCCAGCGCGGGCGGAGCACCAAAAGUACCCAAGAUCUCAUACACCCUGUUCUGUCUCCGCGACAGCAUCACAAUCUUCGCCUCCUUCAAUAUCCCUGCCUACAUUGCGCCGUCAAUACCGGACGCCGUCGCCGCAACGCCCGGGAUGAAGGCCGCUAUUGCGCAGUUCAGCUGUCCGGCGCUCAUGCAGUUCGCGAGUACGCCGAUGCAUCUGCUCGGGUUGGAUUUGUAUAACCGACAACCACCCGGUGGGCUGGGGUGGCGGGAACGAGCGUCGAGGAUAAGAAGGGACUAUGUGCCGAGUUGUUUUGCGCGGAUGGGGAAGAUUGUUCCUGCUUAUGGAGUUGGUGGUGUUGUUAAUGUCAGGAUGAGGGCUGAGUUGAUGGGUUAUCUUGAGGGGUUAGAGGCGUAA